AUGCAUCAUACAAAAAAAAAGUUUCCAUUUUAAUAAUAAAAAAUUUAGGGUAUAUAAAAUUCUUUCUUCUUCCUUUAAUUAAAUCUCUAAUUAUUUUAUCGAGAAAAAGCAAUCAAAUUAUAAAUUGAGAUUAGCUUGAGAUAGAAGUCAAAUAAACAACAUAACAUAUAUUUUUAAAUUUUCAUCAUAGAAUUAUUUAUAAUAAUUGGAAAAUUUGUAAAAUUGCUUAAUUCAAUAGAUUGCUUUAUCAAUUAUCAAACAAACAUCAAUUUUAAAGCAUUUUAAAAUCAAUUAAGCUCUUUAACUAAACAAAAGCUUUAAAAAUAAAGAUUUAUAAAUCGUAGAAGAUACCUUUAAAUUAUAUUUUUAGUAUAAACAUCAAUAUAUAUCAUUCCUUUAUUCACUAAAUGCUUUGAAUAUUUCUAUAACUUGAACUAAUAAUUACCUUAACUCCUUUAUCCUCACUCUUUGAAGUACACGAAAAUAAGAGGGGCUGAGAGAAAAACCAAAAAAUAUUUUUUUUAAUAAAACUCAUUUCUUACCAAUCAGUGCCUAUCUAGCACUUACGAUAUUUAAAAUAAAAUGAAAUAUUUAAAGGAUUGGAUAUAAAUUAUUUUGUUACUCUGA